AUGAAUUUUGCAAAAGCAAAAGAAACUGAUGAUUUAAUUCUUUUAAAUAAUAUAGAUAAUGAUAAUAAUGAUAGCAAUGAUGUUUUAACAUUGUCAGAGUUUGAUUCAGUGUUAUCUAUAUUUGGUUCAAAUGAAAGUGAUUAUUUAAUUGAAAGCUUAGAAUCAAAAAAAGAAAUAUUUUUUAAUACAAAAACUUCUACAAAAUCUGUAAACCCUUCUAGCUCUUUUUUUGUUAAAACUGCUUUAAGAUUAAAGCAUAUUAAUUUGGCAAAGAUCAUUGAACAAAAAUAUAUCAUUACUAAUGAAACCACUACAGGUUUAGAAAAAGCUCUAAAUACUGCAACAUGA